UGUUAAGCCCAAUCAGUGCCUGCUGCCUCCAGGCCCAGGGGAUCUGGAGUGAUGUUACUCAAUGCAUCGUGCUGCUGAAUCCCCCAGGGGCCAAGACAAUGGAAUGAGCUCUCUGCUGACCUCUGAGCCCUCUUUAUGGCACUAGAAUUGACUCCAGUCUUAUCAUCAAUGCUGGCAGAUUAAUUAGUGAGUUUCUGUAUCCCUUCUAAUCAGCUUUACCGGCUUCCACCAUGGCUUCUAGUGACCCCAGUGCUGCUUCCCCAAAGGAUGAGGAGCAGGAGAACAUAGCAAACCGGGUGGCCAACCUGCCCUUGGUCAGCUCUGCCUACGACAUGGUCUCCACGGCCUACACCUCCACCAAAGAGAGCCAUCCCUACGUCAAAUCCGUCUGUGAUGUGGCAGAGAAGGGCAUGAAGACCAUGACCACGGCUGCGGUCAGUGGCGCCCAGCCGAUCCUGAGCAAACUUGAGCUGCAGAUCUCCACAGCAAAUGAGUAUGCAUGCAGGGGGCUGGACAAGCUGGAGGAGAAGCUGCCAAUCCUUCAACAGCCAACGGACAAGAUCAUCUCCAAUACCAAAGACCUGGUGACUGCCACAGUGACUGGGGCAAAAGAUGCCGUGAGCAACACCAUGACCGGGAUGGUGGAUAUGACCAAAGGGGCUGUCCAGGGGAGUGUGGAGCUGACCAGAUCAGCAGUGACCAGUGGUGUGAACACAGUCAUGGGCUCAGCGGUGGGCCAGAUGGUGGUGAGCGGCAUGGGUGCUGUGCUGGGCAAGUCAGAAGAGCUGGUGGAUCACUACCUUCCUAUGACUGAUGAGGAACUAGCUAAACUGGCCACAUCUGUGGAAGGCUUUGAAAUGGCAUCUGUGGAGCAGCAGAAGCAGCAGCAGAGUUACUUUGUGCGCCUGGGGUCCAUGUCCUCCAAGCUCCGCCACCGAGCCUACCAGCAUGCCCUGGGCAAGCUGAGGCAUGCCCGGCAGAGCACCCAAGAGGCUCUGUCCCAGCUCCACCAAACCAUAGAACUGAUUGAGCAUGCCAAGCAGGGUGUUGAUCAGAAGCUCCAUGAUGGCCAGGAGAAGCUGCACCAGAUGUGGCUGGAGUGGAGCCAAAAGCAGCCAAGUCAGAGAAAGGAGAUGGACUCUGUGCAGCCAGAGGUAGAGGAGCAGGCGCUGGUCAUGUCCCGCAGCCUCGCCCAGCAACUGCAGACCACCUGCCUGACUCUGGUGUCCAGCCUGCAAGGCCUCCCUGCUGACCUCCAGGACAAGGCGCAACUGGUUCGUCACCAUGUUGACGAACUACGUGCUUCAUUCUCCGCUGCUGGCUCCUUCCAUGAUUUGACUGGCAGCGUCUUGGCCCAGAGCCGUGAACGAGUGACCAAGGCCCGCAAGCUGGUGGAUGAGCUGAUGGAUCACGUGGCGCAUAAUGUCCCCCUUUCUUGGCUAGUGGGACCCUUUGCCCCAUCAGGCAAGCAGGAGGAGGUGGAGAUGGAGCAGUGUCCUGCAGACUGAGGACUCAAAAGAGGCUCUCCUAAGCUUAGAGCUUCAUUUGGGGCAGGGAGGGUUAACUCAUGCCACUUGUCACAUACUAGCCUGACUCUCUAUCUAGAUAGCAGCACUUGGUGUUCUAAUACAAGUGCCUCAAUCCUGGCAGCCAUCUUGCCUUGUUUAGGUUUGUUCUAUUGCACUAAACACUUAGGAUAAGUUUCUCCUCCCUGCAUCUCACAGGUGUGGCUGUCUCCAAACCUGCCUAUAGGCUGGGUUAGAGGCUUACCAGCAAAACUGACUCCCUCUGACUAGUCAAGUCACCCCCCUCCCCCAGCCAUGGGAUCUGGCCCAGCUUUCAAGCUGGGGUGCCUAGUUUGCCAUUUCUAGGCAACAGCCAGUCUUUUCAGAGCACUAGAUUUGCCCAGCACCUCUGAAGCCUAGACCACUUCUUUAGCAACCAGAUUCAGCCCUGACUUCAUUCAGGUGGGUAGCACUAGGCAGUCCAGCACAUAUUGCACUCAAUCUUAGUGGCCUGCAAAUCCUCCAGAACCACAGUAAGAGCUAAAGACAGCAGCUCCCAUGCCAAGGAUUUCUGACCCAGCUGGGUAUUUCAUAGGGAAUGUCAUUAAGUGCAGAUCCCAAGCAAAUGUGCAAUGGUCACGUUAAGUGCUCUACAAGCUGCUCCAGCCUUGAGGGGGAAAGCAGUCACUUAAGUGCCACCAACAAACCACUAAUCCAACUCAAGAUGACUUGUUUAGGGUCUCUCCACUCAAGCAAGGAAAUUCUUUUGCUAAGAGAUCAGUGCUCUAAGAGGGUGCCCAGCACUGCUGCUCUUCCUGGACUAGAAUAAUGGAUCAUGUAGGAUUCCCUUCAGGCCCUGGCUUCUGUAUUGGGUAAGAACAUGUUGCUCACAAUA